GAAAGGAGAAAGGGAGAAAAGAGUCAGACACACACCGGGCAGACUGGGCCACAAACGAAUACUGGUGAGUAAAUGCGGCAAUGGGGAGAAGAGGGAAGCCUGGCGAAACACAGGGGAAGGAACGAGACGGAGAAAGAAGGAGACUCAUGGUGGGGUUGGUUCACCAGCAGCUCUGAAACACGUGGGCCCUGCUUCGUGAGUCUCGUUCGGUAGUGCCCUCAGUAGUGCUCUCAGCUGCUCGUAGAGGAUCUCGCACCGGAUGUCCGUCGCGGACUUAGCGCGUCCACCGCGGCCGUCGAGGAUGUGACGGCUCGUACAUUGUUGUUAUCAGGAUAUCGGGCAAUUGUCAUAAAUACGAUAAGUCUUUCGAAGUCUUUCGGAUGCAAUGGCCCCGAAAAUACUGCUGGCAUGCUUGCUUAUCGCCGUCACGGCGAGCUCCGCUUUAUCGUCUCCGGAGGAUCAUCACCGAUUGCCUUCGCACAACCACAGAGUCGUUUGGCCAGUCUGGUAUCGCGAUAGACUUCUGCAUGCCAGACACGAUCGUUCAGAUGACGAACACAGCGUCGUCCGAGAAACGACCACUACGAAGGGUCCAUGGACACCGCUGCGGCCGCAGGUGUCAGUGACGAGAUCACCGCAGCAGAUAAAUUCGGUAUCGAGGCAUCAUCAUGUGGAGCAUAAAUUGGGUGUUGUAACGAUAGCAGAGCACGGUGGUACCAGGGUUACAGCGUAUGCGGGUUAUCAAGACAAUCAUCGGCCGAGAGAGGCCGUCACGCAGAGCUAUCAGCUGAUUCCGACAACAGCUCCCACAUACACUAGACAUCAUACGGGGAGACGAGUGUGUACAAGACAAGCUCCUCUAACGUCUCAUCAUCAUCUUGGGAAACAAAUUAGAUUAGUGUAUACCGAGAUGACUUCCAAUUUUUUUUGCUGCCCGGGAUGGUCGCAAGUUACUCAUUUGAGUUUUGGUUGUAAUAAACCCACGUGCCCAGCGCUAUGUCUGAAUGGUGGGAUUUGUACCUCGCCUGGCAAAUGCACGUGCCCUAAAGGUUAUACUGGCAAUCAGUGCCAGACAGACGUGGACGAGUGCGCGAUAGAAAAACCAUGUGGACAACUUUGUAUAAACCUACCUGGUAGCUAUCGAUGUCAUUGUAGAACCGGGUUUCAACUUCAACAAGAUGGUCAAUCCUGUCGGAGGAAUGAUACUGAUGAAAAUGCCUUUGAAGCUCGCGACUUGGAGAACGAUUUUCACGAUGUAUCAACAACAAAAGAUCCGAUGUCUUCUCAUGAUGCAGAAAACGAAGUAAGCGAUGAUGAUCAAGAUUAUGAGAUCAUCUUAAAAAGAUUAACUAAAUUGGAAAAGCAAGUGGCCAAAAACAGAAAGAGAGAUACGGAGGCUUCCGAGAUGAACAACAAAGUCACAUUAGCGAUCGAAAGCAUCAACCAGAUGAAGAUAAAUGUCGAGAAUGUGCAACUGAUGCAACAGGAAGUAUAUGAUAUGAGAAGUAAGAUGAAGCAGUACGAGGCAGAAGUGAGAAAGCUACACCAUCUGAUGAAUCGUGUCGCGGAAUUAGAAAAUCGUAUAAAAAUACGCUGCAGAUCAACAAUACCAAUAAAUAGCGGGUUGUUGAACUUUUAAUAUUGCUAUAGCGUCAGUCUAUUAUCAGUACUAUUUAAUACUAAUAACGGAUAGUAGUAUUUUUAUCAUAAAGAUUUUGCACCGUCAGAAUGUUACGCAAAGACGCGAUUAAUAUUUUUAAAUAGAAAAGAAUGCUGUAUAUUCAAUAAUAGAACUUAUUUAUUCUCAAACCAUAGAAUAAUAUUGGUCGCUUUUAUCUCAAAAUGUUGACAUAAUUUUAGUCAUAAAUUUUACACGGGAUUUUCCUGCCGUGAAGUAAUACCACUGCCAUAAUUUAAUAUUUGUUACACUUUGCAGGCUAGUAACAAUAGUAGUAUAGAAUUUAAAUAUGUUUAUUUGUACUCAAUCUUUUUAUAUGUAUAAUAAAACAAUGUGAAUUUGUAUUAGCAA